AUGGCCAGGGGCUGUCUUUAUAACCACCGAGGCAGUAACCGUGGUAGUGCCGUUGGCUGCGGCACUGACGGGCGCCUGUCCGUUAUUACCGUUAUUAGAUUCAAGGGCUCCAAACGUAGUGCAAAACCCGUCCCCGCCCUCUCACUUCGACCUGUCCCGGUCCCGCCUCUCCUGCUCCAUCCUUCCCUACCCAAUCCGGCCCAUCCUCUUUUGCCCUGUCCCCGCCCACUUCCACCCCGCCUUGUCUCAGUAGCCCCGUAUCCCAGUCCCGCCCCCCCAACUCCGCCAGUCAUCGCCACUCAGGAUCCAGACACCGCCUCCCCACCUCCUGAACUCCGCCCCUUCCCCGCCAUUGCCCCCAACCUUUCCCGGUUAUCGCUGCCUCGGAAACUGUCCCCGCUGCCACCGUCCUCGCCGCCCCCGAACCCGGCCCCACCGAGCCCGGGCUCGGCCUCCACACUCGCCACCAUCAGCCCAGAGGUCCCACCAGCCGUUGUCGCCGCCUUCGCCGCUUCCCCAGUGGAGUCAGUAUGCGAGGAUCUGGAACGUGAACUCGCCAAAUCCGAAGGAAAAAUCCACCAUUGGUAUAACGUAGAAGAUGAAGGAGAGGAUGAAAUUUCUUUGAAGAAGAAAGGCAGCGAAAAGAGAAUUGACUCAUACUUUGCAGGGGACUUCUCAACCUCGUUUCAACUAAUCCCUUCCCAAGACUCAGACUGUGGCUCCUUUAUCCCUUUGGACAAGUACAUGAAGGAAUUAUGUGGUGAACAAACAAUUGGUAGCAAUAAACGGGCCAAGAAAACCAAAUGCCCAAGCUCACUAGCAUCAAAUAGCAGAUGUCAACUACGUCAGGGACCUGGUGCAGGUCCACAUUGUAGCAUGUAUGAGUAGUACAUUCCUUUUUUUCUUUAUUAGAGAAGUUGUAGAUUUACAGAAUAAUCAUGCAUAAAAUACAGGAUUCUC